UGCAAAUGUUAAUGUUUUGUAUGUAAUAUCCCGUUCAGAUACUGUUGGCAGUAUUUGACAAUUUAGGAUACGAGACUGCUGGACGGGAACACUAGAAAAUGACUGAAGUUGUUCUUAAGGUUGAGAUGAUGUGCAACGGCUGCGUUGCAGCUGUCCAACGCGUGCUGGGGAAGAUGGAAGGAGUGGAGAGCUAUAACGUGAGCUUGGAGGAGCAGAAGGUGGUUGUGAAGGGCAACGUGAGUCCUCAAGACGUAUUAGAAAAGAUUUCCAAGACGGGGAAGAAGACGGAGCUUGUGUCGUAAGCCUUGCCGAUCCGCAAUCGACUGGCAGAGCGGCAACGGCACUCAAGCAUUCCUAUUUGCUGUUGGCUACCUAUAUGAGUUUUACUUUCGUUUGCAUGCAAAUGACCUGAGUGUGCCGAUGGGUAACGUACUGGGCUGACAAGGACCGACGUCGUGUGGCAUGGUGUCGAUGAAUUGAUGAAGCCGUGAUGGGAGAAAGUGUAUUACAUGCCGACAUGGCUAUUAAUCCGUUAGACAUAGAUCACACCCCAUCCUUGUGUAACGUUUUGGAGACACUCGGAUU